UUUUACGAAAAUGAUCCGACACAGGUAAAAAUUGGCCGAAAAAUCAAAAUAAGUUCCGUUUAAUACUUGGUCAGGAAGCCAGAUUUUCCCUAGAAAAACAAUUUAGCACAAAUAUUCUGUUUAUUUCCUCAAUAGUCUGAUAAAUUUAUCGUUUUGCCCUUAUACGAGAAAACUUAUUUUAUGUAUAUUUGUAGGCUAACUAGUUCCACCAAUUAGGCCACUUUCAUCAGUUUGCACAGAUUUGCUGAAACUUAUCUAGCCGCUAACAGUUUUUGGGUCGCUUGGAUUUUGUUGUAAAUGGAAUAAAUUUCCCUGUGUGAGGUUAAUUAUCAUGUUACUAACUGAAUCACCCGAGCAUAUGUCCUUAAGAAGAAUUUGGUUCAUGUUGUUUUAAAUGUGAGCAUUUUGUUUUUAGUUGUGGGUUCUGUUGUUUAGUCGAGAAGACAAAUUUUAGCUUUUGUAUUAUAUAAACAAAAUCCUCUUCCUUGGUGGUUCCUUUUUCGAACAUAAUUCUUUGCUUGUCCCAUAGAAAGAAGUUUGUUCGAUUUAAGCGGCACUAAGCAACUCCACAUGGUAGAAAAUGGAUCUACAAAUCAGGCAACGAGUGUGAACCAAAAGAAAAAUGUAUGUCCAAAAUCAAGUUUUUCAACAUAAUUAGGAAAAACGUACAAAAAUUGGUUGAAAAUCCUUAACUUCGGGGUUUUUGUCUGUUCUUUAUUUGAGUUCUAUAAGGUCUAUAACUGCAUGAUAAACCAUUGCAGCUGGAUUCUUCUUUCUUAGGUUUUCCUAAUUGGCAAUAGUCUACCAAUUUUGGGCGCAAAAGUGGGAAAUUUAGAAGCGAGACAUGCGUUAGAAACAAAUUUUGGAAUUGAUCUAGAAUAACAUUGGGUCUAAACUGAGAUCGAAAUAUUCCGUGAGCUUGACGGGUGUUAAGGCAGGCCAACUGCAGUUUGCGAAUGGUAUAAAACCAAUAUUUGCCAAAACGCUACUUAGAGUAACAGUUGUAACUACUCUCAAAUUAGUCAUUCAGUGCUCCAACUAGAUUAUAGCUACAGAGCUAAAGAGAGCUCGUCAAAGCAAAACUCUAUCAGCAGCUGUUAAUUUCGCAAUCACGACUUAUUAUCCACCAAGUUGUCUCGUUAACACAACCUCAUAAAACAUUCUUUCUGAUUUAUGGCAAUGUUGAUUUCAACGUCCAUAAAAAUGAUUGAGCCACAGAAAAGUUUGAUAUAAUUUGUAACUUUUACAUUGGUUUUGUAUAGCUGUAGAAGUGCGUUAUCAAAAUUUUUGUUCAACCUAGAUUUUGUCAUAAUUUCAAAAAAUAAAUCAAACUAUCGCCAUGGCUUUUCCUUGCUUGCAAAUAGCAUUGUUACCAGUUAUAACAUCUUUUUUGAUUACCUGCCGCGGUGUUGAUAUUUUUGACCUCAAUUAUCCGGUAAUUAAAAGUGCCCCCAAAUCAGCUACUUCAACUUUAUUCGGCUAUUCGCUCGCCUUCUUUUCCCGAAACAGUGAAUCUUCAGAGGAGUGCAGCGGGUCGACCCGGUGCCACGAGAUGCUUAUAGGUGCUCCUCUGGACAAUCAGUUUGAACAAAAUUCAGGCGCUUUUUAUUCCUGCCCUGUCAAUUCAUACACAGACGAUUGUUCUUUUGUUCACACAUAUGAAAUACGUGAAGACUUGUCGCAACCUGUUUUUGUUCCUCAGAGAGGCGGCAAAAGUUCAAUCAACCCAAACUACUUGUGGAGUUUUGAAAAUGCUUGGCUAGGAUCUUCCAUUUCGACUCCCGAAGUGGACGUGGGUUUGAAACCUGAAGAGACCCUUGAGGACUUCGCAGUUGUUUGCGCCAACCAAUUUUCGUUUCUGUCUAACUCAAGAUACAUGAACACGAAAGCAUCAUUGCUCCAUGAAAUCAAAAACGCCAGUUAUUUCACCGGAAUGUGUUUGAAGUUUGACGACAAUUUGGACCUUGUGCCAAUAAAUGAUGAGUUUGACCGGCGCUUUCCUUGCCCGAUUAUCAGUAGCGACAGUUCAAAUAAUGUCGGAUGUCAGACCGGGUUUAGUUCGGACAUGCGUCAGUUUAGAUCGGAAGGCUCUCAGUCGACCACAAGACAGUUUCUGUAUGGUGCUCCGAUCACCGGACAAUGGUACGAUGGACUUCCCAUCAUGCAGGAGGAAGUGAGCUAUGACUCAAUGCCCGAAAAUCCAGACUUCUACUCAAGGCCCACCGUUGUUCUUAAUAGAUAUGAGGAGACCGCAACAGCCACCACCAACUUCAAAGUGUCCUCCAGUGUCAACAUAGCCCCCCUCUCCCACCCACUUCUCUCUUCGCAGGGGGGCAUGACCACUGCAGAUGGGAUGCACAAGAUGCAAUACUUAGCAGGAGCCCCCAUGUUCGGAAAGGGUGCUGUGUUCGUAGAGGAGGACUCGGCUCCCGACGAUACAAAUAGUCCACAGAUACUACAGCAGAUUUUGAGUGCUAAAAUGGGACAGGGUUUCGGACGGGCAGUGCUGGCCAUUGACCUGACAGGGGAUGGGUUCUCGGAGGUGAUAGUGGGGGCACCAGACUUCUUCGAGUACAGAACUCACGGGGGAGCAGUGUACAUAUAUUCGCACAACAACACAGUCAUGGACGGGUUCAGAGAGGAACCCUUCAUGACACUGAAGGGUAAACCGUAUAGUCAGUUUGGUCACGCCGUAUCCUCACUCGGAGACGUCAAUUACGACGGGUGCAUGGAUUUUGCCGUCGGAGCUCCGAAUGAACGACAUGAGGAAGAAGACGGCUCCGCGGGUGGAUCCGAGAGCACUGGCGCUGUCUACAUAUACCUCGGGUCACGUGACUGGGGUCUAAUGGAUACGAAGCAACCAAGUCAAAUCUUAUAUGCGAAGCAGUUCGAACGCCAUUCACCCUCGGGAGCUAUCCAUAGAUUUGGAUACUCGUUCGCGAGACCCAGAGAUUUAGACAUGAACGGCUUCCCAGACCUCGGAGUGGGUGCCCCAGGACUCGAACCCAACGUUUUCAGACCCGGUCUGUCGGAAGGCAGUGCCGGAUUAGUCAUCGCGAUCCGAAUGCGACCCUUAGUACACAUAACUGCCUCACUUAUCGCUUACGAGUACGAUCCGAAUAGUAUGCCAAGCGACUUGAAACGACUCAACUUCGUGGACAUUUUGAGCGGUAACCCGGACAAGUGUGGCAUGACUAAAACAAAUGCAGGAGAGGAAGUGGCCUUUUGUUUCUACCUUCAAAUUUGUUUCGCGUACCACUCGUCUGAAAACAUUCCGAAAAACGAAGAGUUGGGCACGAUUUACGUCGAUGCACAUAUUGCUCUUGAUUCGGACUUCGAGCCCCAGAAACCGAGAGCAGAGUUUGCCUCUCGACAAAACACAAUUUCACCCAGCGACAUGAGUUUCAGCAGGGUCAAAUUAACCUAUCCUGAAGGAAAAACUCAAGGAAGACCAAUUUGUCAACCCCUGCAACAAGUUCUUGUUGUCAGUGCGAACAACAGGGUCAACCGGGACGCCUCGCAGGCCGGGGAACAAAAGUCGCCUUCGGAUCCAGCGAGUGACUCUGCAUUUGGAUCUGCUUUCAAACCAUUGCUAAUAGCGAUGAAUUACUCACUGAGUGAUCAAAAUGAGGGCGGUUCUAUUUCGACCGGAAGUGAUAAAAUGGCACCCCAAGGGGGACAGUUGAUUGAUUUGGAUUCCUUUCCGGUUUUGAAUGCGUCGCUUUCCCAUAUGGAAAUCGCGGCACAGCAAAUGUCUAUGGAUACAUUGCUUAUUCAGUUCGCAAAGGACUGUGGCACUGAUCAAACGUGUAUUUCGCGUGCCCAAUUAGACGUAAAAUUUGAGGAAAAUGUCCUCAAGGAAACUCAGAACGAUGUCACUACAAACUACGUCUACCUGGACACGGAGUUCAUAAUCAACAUCAAUAUUGCCAUCACGGGCGAGCCAUCGUACGAGCCCGGAAUUCUGAUUCAGUUUCCUCCUUACAUCUGGUUUGACUCGGUUUACCCCGAGUGCAAAUACACCCCGGAUGAGGGGCAAAUUAGGUGCACAUUUGCUAACAAAGUAGAUGGGGGCGAUUCAAUCAAAAAACGUUUCACUUUUAUGUCAAAACAAGAAUCGGCCGAGUUUAUCAAAAAAGAACCCCUGAACACAUUAUUUAAGUUUAAGUUCUUAACAACAAGCAACCUAACAGACGAUAGCACAAUUGGCCGAAAUCUUUCAUUGACGGUUUACCAAGAAGCGGAUUUGAGGUUGAGCGGCGCUGGAUCGCCGCAGACUGUGAUUUACGGAGGAAAUAUUAGAGGCGCUUUUAGCAUCAAAGAGGCAGGCGAUGUUAGAUCAAUAGGACAGCAGUUAACCCAUUCAUAUGAGGUUUAUAACUACGGACUAUCUGAUAUUCCAACGGUCGACCUUCAAAUUCUUUGGCCAGAGAAGUUUCGCAACGGUAAAUAUCUUUUAUAUGUUACCGAGAAACCACAAGUUACCGAUUCGCAAGGUAACAUAUACCCGUCAUCCAAGUAUUUGUGUUCAAAUGCCAACUUUGAAAUAGACCCGUUCAACAUAGCGAGCGCCAAAAGAGCAGAAACGAACGUAAACCGACGAGUAAGGCGCGCAGACAACGAACCUCCAUCUGAAAAAUCUAUUGUUUCGCAGCCCAGUAAAAUGCAAAUUGAUUGCUUCAAUAAAAUGGCAAUUUGUACAAAAUAUUCUUGCACAUUUAAUGGUUUGAACUCAAAAAGUGGCGUCAAGGUUUCGAUUCCCAGCCGGAUCUGGAAUUCGACUUUCGCCGAAGAUAUGCCCGACUCGGUUGACGUCUUGAGCCACGCCGAGACUAAAAUCAUAAAUGCCAAAUAUUUGCACCAAGAGCAAGAAACAAACGACAUCUCAAAUAUCCGAACGCGAGUCGUGAAAGAUCCGAAGCUAAUGAAAGAACAACGGAUUCCAAUCUGGAUUAUCAUACUAGCUAUUGUCGGUGGCUUGCUACUUCUGCUAAUUAUAAUCCUGAUUUGCGCCAAGUUGGGAUUUUUCAGACGAAAACGGCAAGUAAAUCGAGCGAAUCACUACAGGCCGCCCCCGCAGCAGACGUUCCAAUUAGACGACAUGGGAGAUUUCGACUACAAGCACGAUUUAGAACCCACACCUGCCCCUGCUCCAACUAGAACAAUGUAUUCGGGUGGGGGAUCAUUCACUGUAGGCUAUGCGGACGACAAAAACUCUAAAAAACAAAGCAAGAAAAAGAGCAAAAAGGGUCAACAACCUCAAAGUCAAAAUAUGACAGAACCUUACACGGGAGGUUAUUGGGGUGAUGUUUCCAAUAUCUAAUCAUUACUUUUAUGCUUCUCUCUUCUUUCUGCUCUCUAUCGCUGCAUGGUUAACUUUGAGUUCAAAUCUCGGAUUGAGUCAUUUUUUACUAUCGAUCAAAACUGAAGAAAAUACAUUGUUUUUAUAAAAGUUUAUUAAUCGUCUCAAGUUUUUUACCAGAUUUUGCUUGUUUUGCAUUGAUUGAUUUGCGCUGAUGCUUUAUUAGUUUUUGAAGCUUGAUUGGUGCAGAUUUAUUUUUGUUCAUUCCAUCAUUCGUAUGACGUAAUUAAAAUGCAAAUAAA